GUUGUGAUGGCUAUGGAGUUUGAAGCCAAGCACAGAGAAUGUGUCCGUGUUUUAAUAUACACAGAUGAUGGUCAUGUCAAGGUUAAGUUGUUUGUGCUUUCUGGAAAGUCUGGAGUACCUGAAAUAUUAAAAGCUGCUGCUCAAGAUUAUUUUAAGGAGAUGGAUGUGAAACUUGAAUGGUUAGAUCUUUACAGGGAUGCAGAUGAAAUUCUCAAGAUUACCCCUCUGGAGUAUCCAUCCGGUAUGCAGCAGGUGUUGAAUGACUCUCAAGUGAAUGAAAUGAACAAAACUAUAUCUGAAAAUCUCCAUCUUCUUGUCAGGCAUCGUAACAUCACUGCUGUGCAACCCUCACUUAAAAUCACAAAUUCUAAGCAGACGGGAACCCCUUGUAUCACACUGUAUGUUCUAUGUAAAGGUGUCAUCCCAGAUGGUGAAUGUUCCUUCCCACUCACUCUUGGUUCUUACCCAGUGGAUGUUGUGGAUGGAAUAUGGCUCAGAACUGAUGAUCCUUGGCCGCCAAAUGAAGCACAGGAACAAAAUGAGGUACUUCGUUUGGGAGCAAGUAUUGGUGUGCAAGGAGAGGAUGCAGCUGGGACCUUAGGUGCCAUUGUGAAAGACGGUGAAACCUUCUAUGCACUUUCCUGCCAUCACGUUAUGAGGCACAGUAAAAAGUCAGAGAUCAUUCAUCCUGCACAGAAUGAUUAUUUGAAUUAUCUAAAUUACCAUUUACAGCAGUAUGGGUCGCGAAUGAAGCACAUCAUUUACCGGGAAAGUUGCCACAUACUGGCAAACCAGUUCUCAUUUGGCCAUAUUGCAGAGUUGGAAGGAUUGUCAAAUAAGUUCAAAGAGCUACAAGGGAUCAAAGAAACCUACCAAGACCAUACAAGGGUGACAAUCAGGAAAUUAGAGAAUAUAAAGCAGCAUGAAGAAGCUUUUGAGAGAGGUUUGAAACUACAACCCAGAGUCAUAGCAAGAUACUCUGUCGGCAUCUCUGGUAAUACAAAGUGGGAUGAUGGUCAACAAUACUACAUUGACGCUGCCUUGGCUGAGUUGACUCCAGAAGAAGUUGACAGUUUGAGACAGAGUCAAACAGCUGAAAUGAUUGGAACAGGAGAUCAUCCAAGUGGGGAAUAUAGUUCAAGACUAAAUGCCAGAGGGGAACUGUGCAAGAGUGGCCGAACCACAGGAUUCACAAAGUCUGGUCGUCAUGUGCAACCAUCAAUGUUUCUCAAUGCUUCCUUAUAUGAAGUGAAUGCCCAAAAUGAGGGUUUGGUCACUGUGUUGAAACGUGUCAGACUCUGUCAAAGUUGUAAGGAAAGAUCUGGAAUUGGAGAGCAAUUAGAGUGUACUGCUACUGCUUGUGACUCUUGUAAAAUAGACACAGCCUCUCUGUGUGACAGGCUUUGGUUAAAGAACUGCUUAUGUAUAGAUCAUCCAUUUGGUCUUGGUUAUGCAAAAGUUUUUGCUACUGAAGGAGAUUCUGGAGCAGUACUCUUUGAAAGAAAUUUAGUUGCAAAUCUUCAAGCUUUUGGCAUUAUCUUUGGUGAGCAUCAAAAUUCAUAUAAACUUUGUGCUUUAGCUACACCAAUGCAAAUUGCUCUUGAAACCUUAUCCAAAGAGAUCUCUGAAGACACCCACUUGAGACUGCUUUCAAGCUAUGAGUGA